AUGUCGAAAUUCGCGCCACACCACCGCUCGAGCAACAACGUCCGCGCGACGAGCUCCACGGUCUGCCAGAAGUGCCUCGGUAGUGGUCACUUCACAUAUCAAUGCAAGUCCACCGCCGCGCCCUACGUCUCCCGGCCCUCGCGCACGCAGAUGCUCGAGAAGCCUAGUCUACUGGCUAAGAUGCGCGCGGAGGGUAAACCGUCUGUGGAAGUCCCGGAGGAGUUCAAGUCCAAGAGUGGGACGGCGAACAAGAUCCUGAGCGCGAAGGAGAAGGAGCGUGAGAAGGGCAAGGAGCCGGCUAAGAAACGCAGGAAGCGAUCCGGCUCUCCCUCGUCGAGCUCAGAUUCGGACUCGGACAGCGACAGCUCAAGUGGCUCUAGUUCAGAUUCAGACUCGGACUCUGAUUCGUCCUCUGACUCAGGCUCUGACGACGAUGGGUCACGCAGGAGGAAGACACCGAGACGGAGGGAUUCAUCUGGGGCGAGAGAGAAGAGUCGUAGUCGGUCGCCGCGGCGCCGUUGA